AUGGCCAAUUACACCGACACAACCACCUCUCCAAUGACCGACACAGCCCUCUCAAUGACACCCGGUAGCGGCCAUCUCAAUGACACCGGCCUUGGCCAUCUCCAAUGACUGGCGCAGCCAUAUCAAUUACCGGCGUAUCAAUUACCGGCAGCCAUAUCCAAUUACACCGACACAACCUUCUCCAAUGACACCGACACAACCCUCUCCAAUGACCCCGACACAGCCAUAUCCAAUUACACCGACACAACCUUCUCCAAUGAAACCGACACAACCUUCUCCAAUGACACCGACGCAACCAUCUCCAAUGACCCCGACACAACCCUCUCCAAUGACCCCGACACAGCCAUAUCCAAUUACACCGACACAACCAUCUCCAAUGACCCCGACACAACCCUCUCCAAUUACACCGACGCAACCAUUUCCAAUGACACCGACGCAACCAUCUCCAAUGACACCGACGCAACCCUCUCCAAUGACCCCGACACAACCCUCUCCAAUGACCCCGACACAGCCAUAUCCAAUGACACAGACACAACCUUCUCCAAUGACCCCGACACAUCCAUAUCCCAUUACACCGACACAACCAUCUCCAAUUACACCGACGCAACCAUCUCCAAUGACACCGACGCAACCAUCUCCAAUGACACCGACGCAACCAUCUCCAAUGACACCGACGCAACCAUCUCCAAUGACCCCAACGCAACCCUCUCCAAUGACCCCGACACAGCCAUUUCCAAUUACACCGACACAGCCAUCUCCAAUGACCCCAACACAGCCAUUUCCAAUUACACCGACACAGCCCUCUCCAAUGACCCCGACACAGCCAUCUCCAAUGACCCCGACACAGCCAUCUCCAAUGACCCAGACACAGCCAUCUCCAAUGACCCAGACACAGCCAUCUCCAAUGACCCCGACACAACCCUCUCCAAUGACCCCGACACAACCCUCUCCAAUGACCCUGACACAACCCUCUCCAAUGACCCCGACACAGCCAUCUCCAAUGACCCAGACACAGCCAUAUCCAAUGACCCAGACACAGCCAUAUCCAAUGACCCAGACACAGCCAUCUCCAAUGACCCAGACACAGCCAUAUCCAAUGACCCAGACACAGCCAUCUCCAAUGACCCAGACACAGCCAUAUCCAAUGACCCAGACACAGCCAUAUCCAAUUACACCGACACAGCCCUCUCCAAUGACCCCGACACAGCCAUCUCCAAUGACCCAGACACAGACAUCUCCAAUGACCCAGACACAGACAUCUCCAAUGACCCCGACACAACCCUCUCCAAUGACCCCGACACAGCCAUCUCCAAUGACCCCGACACAACCCUCUCCAAUGACCCCGACACAGCCAUCUCCAAUGACCCAGACACAGACAUCUCCAAUGACCCAGACACAGACAUCUCCAAUGACCCCGACACAACCAUCUCCAAUGACCCCGACACAGCCAUCUCCAAUGACCCCGACACAACCAUCUCCAAUGACCCCGACACAGCCAUCUCCAAUUACACAGACACAGCCAUCUCCAAUGACACCGACACAGCCAUCUCCAAUGACACAGCCAUCUCCAAUGACACAGCCAUCUCCAAUGACACCGACACAGCCAUCUCCAAUGACCCCGACACAACCCUCUCCAAUGACCCCGACACAACCCUCUCCAAUGACCCCGACACAGCCAUAUCAAUUACACCGACUGCAGCCCUCAAUGACCCCGACACAACCCUCUCAAUGACCCGACACAACCCUCUCAAUGACCCCGACACAGCCAUCUCCAAUGACCCAGACACAGACAUCUCCAAUGACCCAGACACAGACAUCUCCAAUGACCCCGACACAACCCUCUCCAAUGACACCGACGCAACCAUCUCCAAUGACACCGACGCAACCAUCUCCAAUGACCCCGACGCAACCCUCUCCAAUGACCCCGACACAGCCAUUUCCAAUUACACCGACACAGCCCUCUCCAAUGACCCCGAUACAGCCAUCUCCAAUGACCCAGACACAGCCAUCUCCAAUGACCCCGACACAACCCUCUCCAAUGACCCCGACACAACCCUCUCCAAUGACCCCGACACAGCCAUCUCCAAUGACCCAGACACAGCCAUCUCCAAUGACCCCGACACAGCUGUACCCCAUGUUACCCAUACAGCCACUUCCAAUGCCAGCUUUAUCCCCUCCUCCCUCCCACAAGCUAACUCAAAGCACCCAGUUAUUAAACCAUAA